AUGAAUCAGGCUGACCAAGGUUUACGUGACACGAAGUCUACCCUUCAGUUAAUUCCAAAGAGAAGGCAUCACACUCAACUUCUCCGAUGUGUGGCCUUGGCUGGUACAAACCAGAAUCAAACAGAAGUGAGGGUUAUCGUAUAUGUUCCUCCCGUAAUUGAAAGCUUCUUUGUUCGUCGGAUACCUAUUGGCCAGCGAGGCGUCAAUGCCAUCUUCACCUGCACAUCCGAUGGAAGACCCCCUUGUUCUAUAGCCUGGCUCUGUAAUGACACGAAAGUUACUAACGACACCCGCCAUCAGAUUUACCACAGUCUUCAACAAGAAGAUACCUCGAUGUCGAGUAUUCUGAUUAUUUCUCAUAUUUCGGCAGAAGACGAUGGCAACUAUACAUGUUUGACCGAGACAAGGCUCGGUAACGACAGCUCCACUAUAACAUUUUCAUAUUCUGAUCAGUCUGAUAUCAUACGAGGCGACAGCUAUAUUUCUCUGAAGACUGCCACAAUCACGCCCUCUGUGAAUAAUCAAGGAAAGAGACUCCUCUGCGUGGCUUUACAUCCAGAACUACCAGAUAUCCGUCACUGUGCGGUUUACCUGAAUGUUCAAGGCCCACCAGAUGAUGUUAAAAUGACCGCCCUCGAUGAUCUACACGACGGUAUUGAAACCAAUGUAAGCUGCAGAGCUUUCAAUGGAUACCCCGCUUCGCUCAUCCAUUGGUACAUCGGAACUAGAAAUGUGACACCCAUACCUACCUUGCUAUCCAUCACCAACGGUCGGACUGAAAAUGGAUACAAGAAUGGAAAAUCAGUGAGCAUCACAUAUGGACGAACCCUUAACCUAACAUGUUCAGUCCAAGGCGCAAGACCACCUGCAGAACUGGAGUGGCAAGUUCCUGAAGAAGUACAGGUUCGACUAGGAGGUCAGUUUAACGCUGUUCAUAGUGACGCUUACGUCUCUCAACGAGUUGUUUCUGUAACUCCGUCCAGGGACGAUGGUAACAAGAUUUUCCGUUGUGUGGCUUCGCAUCGGGAGCUGGAUAAUGGACUUCAAUUGUUCAUCCGCCUAGAUGUCCAAGUACCGCCAAGUAACCUCCUGCUUACCGCGUAUGGAUCCAUAACUAAUAAUGCAAAAGAGUCAAGAAGUGUCAAUGUCUUCGAAUGCUCGGCAACAUCAUUCACCUGCAAGAGUAUAGGAUCCAGCCCUACAGCUCUUAUAUCUUGGAUCCUUGCUUCGGAUGACGACCUGGGUAGCACGACCUCUACGUCUACCACGAAUAAGGCCGACCAAGGUUUACGUGACACCAAUUCCACUCUACAGUUGAUUCCAAAGAGAAUUCAUCACAAUCAACUUCUCAUAUGUGUGGCCUCUGCUGGUAUGAACCAACGUCAAGCAGAAGUGAGGGUUAUCGUGUAUGGACCGCCGGAUCCUCCCCAGCUUAACGGAACGGAAGGUUUACAGGGUGGGGUGUCGUCAAAUGUUACUUGCACAUCGAACAACGGCUACCCAGCACCAACUUUCCAUUGGUACCUUAGAUCAAAGAACGUCACCAAAGGUUCUGAUACGCAGACUUUGAGGAAUAGAAAUCAUCGAAUAGAUGCCACAAGUAUUUUCAAUUUCACACCCACGAUAGACGAUCAUGGGGAACUCCUUGUCUGUCAAGUUUUUCAACCAAACGCUACAUCCAUGAAGUCUCGGAGAAUCAGUGCCGUUCUUAAUGUGCUCUAUUCCCCUGUCAUUGUGGACUACUCUGUUCGUCGUUUUUCCAGUGGUCAGCACAGCGUUGAUGCCAUUCUUACAUGUACAUCAGAUAGCAGACCCCUCGCCUCAAUAACAUGGUUCUUGAAUGACAGGGAACUCAUCAACGGCACCCGCCAUCACAUUUACCACAGUCAGGCACAGGAAGAUACCUUGAAGUCGAGUAUUCUGAAUAUUGUAAAUAUUUCGGCAGAAGACGAUGGGAACUAUACAUGUUUGGCAGAGACAAGGCUUUGGAAAGACAGUGCAACCAUAACAUUUUUAUAUUCUGGUAAACCUUCCAUAAUUACACCAAGGCGCAUUGAUGUCAAAUGAUCAAUAUUGAUAAUCACAGAUGACAUAUGAGAACAGUAUGAUACUGCUAUGAUUGUAUAACCGAUGAAAUGAGAUUAUAACCUAGUUACGGUAACUAUCGGGCAAUGUUACGGUAGAUUACUGUGACGACGUUUAGAAACGAUUGAUGGUUAAAGGGAUUAUUACAUGUCUGACAAUAUUCCGGUGAAGAAUUUAUUUGGGUUUUGUUUCGCCAGAAAUACAUUGUAAAGGUCAUGCCUGUAUUUAAAGUUGUAUUAACAUUAGGUGUAGGGUUAGGGUUACUGUUUAGUUUAGGUAUAGGAUUAGGCCCAAGUUUGAAAUUUAGAGUUCGGUUCGUCACGUACAGCUGUCAUUACGACAGGACGAUGUGAAAUUAUACAGAAAUUAAUUGUAAUGAUUGGAUAGUUGUUGAUGUUAUUGUAACAAAAUUAUCUCUUAGUACAUGAAACUAUCAAUAUAUGUUUGAAACUGCUAUCAGGGAUUCCAGAUCCGCCUUAUGAGUUCAUCGUCGAUCAAAACCAGACGAGAUCAUCUACUCUCUUCGUUACUUGGCAACCAGGAAUCGCUAAUGGGCUUCAGUGAAAUGAUAUUUGCCUGUAUCGAAAAGAAAAUAUAUAUGCAUUCAGUCUUUUUUAAAUCAUUACUGGAAAAUAGAUUUAUGCCUAUACAUUGAAAAAUAAAAACAUGAAUACAGCUCGCCGUGAACAAAAAAGCCCACUCUGCCGUUUGGAUGUGGACACGGUGACACACUCAUUAAUAGAUUGCACUGUAUUUAUUUAUUUCAUUCAUGGUAUAAUAAAAAACGUGAUUACUAGUCAAUGGCUGAAUUAUUAAAAUUUUACUAGAAAAUUAAAAUAACACAUAUAGUACAAUAAUGCAAUUUAUAAAAUUAUAAAAACGGCAAAUGAUAACCAGAAUAACUUGACCACUGGGGUUUAAAUAAUUGGAGGAAAAUAAAAAUUGAACAAACAAUAACAGUCAUGAAACAUAACUUGUAAUUCAAUGGAGAAAAUGAAUUGCAUUUGUGAUCAAAGUCUAAAGUAUUUAGAAUAAAUUAAAAUGGGAAUAUAAUUCUAAUCAAAGGUUUAAGUAUUAAAACGCGUACAAAUAUUGCAAAAAUGGUCAAUAACCCAAACAAUCGGAUUAGGUUUGGACAUUUCGCAAUGACAGUAAUGUAAAUAAUGAUCGCAAGGGAGGAAGCCAGUGGUGAAAGUUUGAUGAUAGUUUGGUCAAUCCUUUGACCGAACUCAAUACCAGCUUCUCCGUCUCCUGAAAGCACAAAAAUGGUUAAACAAAGUUGCUUUAACAUAUUGUAUCGAUGGUGCAGGUGUCUGUUCUCCAUUCAAGUGAUUUUACUAUUUCGAUCCUAAGAACUUACCAGACUGUUUACCACUUUCUUUUACGAUAACACCCGUUUCUUGGAGAGUGGCAUUGGGGUUUCGUGAUACGUUGGCAUGAAUACUGGAAGCCAUUCCAUUGACACAUUUCUCAACUUCGCUCAAUCUAUGAACCUGCCGCCUUGAGUGUAUGUUUUUUGUGUAUUAACUGACAUAAAUCUGGUAAGUAGGCUCUUAGAUGCGCUCCCAGAAUCAUUCUUGCGAGCCUAUUGUGAGGUUUUACCAGUCUAUCUAAGAUAACAUAUAAACGCUUUGACAAGAAAACAUCACAAUUGUCCAAUAGUGGCAUUGCGAGGGAGGUACAUAGUAACUUAAACAUAAUAUUAUGAAUUUAUUGCAAAUCUUUUAAGAUAACCAAUUUUCUUUGAAUUUGUCUUUGCCGUAAAUUAAACA